ACCUGACUGCCCAAUAUUGAAUAUGGCGGAUGUGUCAGUGAUUUCGUGAAGAUAUUAAAUACUUGUUUAUAGUAGCCAGGAAGAUCAGAACGUAACAUCGAAAACGUCGCGGGAGCCACGAUGAAUGGGCCCGCUGUGCCUCUGCUUAAUGGAUCAGCUGAGCAAAAUGGUCCAGAGGGGGAGCAUAUCUGGGAAAGAGCGUGGUCCUUGGAAGAGAUGCGCAAGUCCAGUAGCAACUGGUCUCUGGCGGCUGACUCUGGUCUGUUGCUUUUUCUGCAAGACUUUUCUCAAAAAAUGCUGUCAAAGACCCAUGAAAUUGAAAAACAGUUAGAUGGGUUGAUUUGUGACACAAAAGCAACUGACUGCUGUCUUCAUUCUGUCUUCAAUGAUUUUCUCAUGCUUUCCAACACUCAGUUCAUUGAAAAUAGAGUUUAUGAUGAAGAAGUUGAAGAGCCCAUUUCCAAACAUGAAGUUGGGGAAAAGAACUCUGAUCAGGAGAAAACUAGAGAACAGAAGGAAGCAGAAUUAAUUCCAAAAAUUCAAGAAGCUGUGAAUUAUGGGUUAAAAGUGUUAGAUGUGGCAUUUGAGCAACUGGACAUUAAAGCAGGAAACUCUGAUUCAGAGGACGAGGAGUGCAAUGACAAAGUGGAACCUAUUCUGGAACCAAAGGAUUUAUAUGUUGACAGACCAUUGCCCUACCUAAUUGGCUCCCAGCAGUUUAUGGAGCAAGAUGAUGUGGGAUUAGGUGACCUUUCCAGUGAAGAAGCGUCCAUAGGUAGUGAUCGAGAUAGUGUCAUUGAUAGUGAAGAAGAGCACUCGGAUGAAGACCUGAAUGAACAGGAGGAUGAAGCUAAAAGCAUUUCUAUACAAAAGUCAUCAAUGAUCAGUGAUGAUGAGGAGGAGGACUCUGACAUUUUUGGCGAUUCAGACAAAGAUGAAGAAGAUGAAGAAGAAGUAAAGAAGAUGACUGGCUCAUCCUCAUUUGUGGAUGAACUUGCUGCCCGAAUCAAAGAUGAUGUACAAAACAAGGAGGAUAAAGACCAAGCAGAAACAAUUUCAUCUGUGCCAGCUGCUAUUAAGAAGAAGGGUAAAGGGAAAAAGGCAACCAAAAAAGAGCAACUUCAGGAUAGUGACGAUAAUAAAGAAAUGUUUAAAGCUGUAAACGUGGAAGAUGAGGAUUUAUCUGCCUUUGGUGGAAGAGAUGGUUUGUUUAGUGGAGGAAUGGGGCUAUUUGAUGAUGAAGAGGGUGAUCUUUUUGUGGACACAACAAAACAAGAAAGAGAUGAAGGUUGGACUAAGCAAAUGAAUAAUGCAGAUCCCAGUUUUUCUGCAUUUAAUAAGAUACCCUCUGGUGCUGUAUCAGUUUUCCCAGUUUCAGUUGAUGCAAAGCAGAAAGAUAAAGAGAAAAAUAUAGAACAGAAAGCCCAGAAUACAUCUAAGCAGCCAGCAUUAUCUAGUCUAUUUGAUGAUGAUGAAGACGAUGAUGACUUCUUUGGCAGAAACACUCAGAUGGCUUCUGCUUCUGGCUCUAAAGUGAAGCAGAAAAAGGAAGUGGAUUUGUUUGGUGCAGAGGAUGAUGAUGAUGGCGAUGAUGAAGACAGUGACAUUUUCAAGGGAAAUGUGAAAUCUACAGCAGCAUCUGCUCCUGGUCAGAAGAAAAAUGAAAAAAAUCAGGAAGAUGCGAUCACAGGGAAAAAACCACCUGCUGGUGCAGUCUCCAUGUUUGGACCUGGAACCAAAAGUCUGCUGUCCAGUUUACCUAAAAGACCUCCAUCUGUAAGUGACGAAUCAGAGAAAUCAGAAGAGAAUGUCCCCCCUCUGGAAGCUGUCAAGCCUUCAAGUAAACCAGCUGACAAAAUUGUGAACAAAGGCCUCUUUUCUGAUGAGGAAGAUUCACAGGAUGUUUUCUCUUCAAAUCUCACUGAUGAUAAAAAGAAAACCAAACCCACAUCUUCAACUCAGAACAAAACAAAAAAGACUCAACUUUCUAUUUUUGAUGAUGAUAAUGAAGUUGAUGAUGAAGAGGAUCUCUUUGCUACUACAGCAACAAAUAAAUCCAAGACCGCUACACAAAAAUCACAGGCAACCAAGACACCAGCACAGCAAACAACUAAGUCUGUUGCUGCUUCACUUUUUAGUGAUGAAGAGGAUCAAUGGGAGGCAAGCUCAACAAAGAACACUAUUCCCCAAGACAACAACAAAGAAAAUGUAAAAGCAGUAGAUUCUAGAACCUCAGGUCAUCCUUCUGAUAACGCACAGAAAAAGACUAAUGUCUUUGAUGGAGAGGAUUUGUUUGAAUCUGCAGGCAGCAAGAGUAAACCAAAGCCUCAGAGAGUUUCUCUCCUGUUUGAAGACGAAACUGAUCAUGAGGAUGAGAAUAGUGGCUCCUUAUUUGGAAGUAAGCCUACAAGCAGUAUAAAAGGUCCAGAGAAACCACAGGUUAUAACUGUUCAGUCUCUUCCUGAUGAUGGUGACAAUGAAGACUAUUUGUACAAAGAUGCUCCUCCUCCACUAGAAGAGGAAGUUAAAAGUAAGAAAAAGAAUACAUUGAGUCUGUUUGAUGAUGAUGACGAUGAUGAAGAGGACACAGACGAUCAAAUUACAGUGAAAACAUCUGAUGCUCCAGUAAUAACAAAUAUUAAGUUGUCAGAUCCUGGACCUUGCACAAAGAGCACAGGUGUAUUUCAAGAUGAAGAGCUGCUGUUCUCUCAGAAACAACAAAUGGACAAUGAUCCUGAUAUUGAUCUGUUUGCCUCUUCCGCAAAGUCUUUGGCACCUGAGAAAACCAUGGCAAAGUCUGCUGAAACAAUCCAGCCGGCUGUUGCAAAGCCUCCCAUUCCUGUCUCUUUAGUGGAAGAAGAGGAAGAGGAUGAUCUUUUCAGUAAAGCAGCAAAGACUUCUAAACCUGUCACUAACAAGCCAGGAAAAUCAGUUGGACUAUUUGGUGAAGAAGAGGAAGAAGAUCUUUUCAGUGUUGUAAGACCAAAGCAGCCAUUGAAACCCCCAGAAAAGAAAAAGCCUGCAAGCGUUAAGGAAGAUGCUUCUUCCAAAAAUGAUAAAAUUGCUUCCGUAUUGGAAAAAGGUGCCCAAAGCUCAACCAGUGAACACGCAAAAGAGAAAUCUUCAGGCUCAGUCCCUGAUAAAAGUAAAGAGCCUUCAUCACGGAUUGGAAAACUUCAAGCUGAACUAGCCAUAAAUCCAGCAAGUCUUCUGCCUGGUGCACAAGCACGUCUACCAGGUCCAGGGUUAUCCUUCACCCCGCCUGGGGCAAUUGCAAGAGUUUCUGAGCAUAAAUCUACAGGUCAUGUUGGAGUCAGCUUUGAUGUUCCAGUACAAGUAAACACACUUGACAAUGCUAAUAAGAAUCGUCCUAAAGUGUCUGGGAGACGAAGGCCACAGACUAGAGCUGCUCGGCAAUUGUCUGCACAAUUGUCAAGUGAAGGAAAGGAUUCUGAUUAUCAGGGGAUACAAAGUCACGUCCAUGACAUAAGAACUAAUUCAAGUUCUAAAGUCAAUGCCCACUCUUCUUACACUACAGAACCAUCACUUGUUCGUGGAAAUUCAGACCAUUUUGAAGUUGCACAGGCAGCCUUUCCUCCUUUAACUGAACAAACAAUUUUGCCUGCUAAAAGUGAGGCAGCUAAGCCAAAUCUGUCCAAGAUCUCGGAUGACCUCUUUGAGUCCGAUGAUUUAUUUGGCUCCAGCAAAAUAUUACCACAGUCGCUCAAUUCAAAAUCAAGUAGCACAAAAGAGGCAGUGAAGCCAAUAGUCCAAGCUUCAAAGGAAAAAAGUGGACAGUCCAUCUUUGAUCAAGGAGAGGACCUAUUUCAGCCUGCAGCUAAACACAAGUCUACAAAAAAGACAGCAGCAAUACCUUUUUUAGAGGAUGAUGGGGACGACCUUUUUGGAUCUGGGAAAACGAGUGCAGUCAAAAAGGAGCCCAAGCCCCCUGUUCAGGUGGAACCCAUAACUCAAGCAAAUAUUUUUGAGGAUGACAUCUUUGAAACAGAAGCUGCAAAGCCUCUCAAAAAGCAGAAAGAAAAAUCUCUGGAUUCCAACUUGUUUGAUGACAGUAUUGAUAUAUUUGCUGAUCUGACAACCACAAAGCCACCUGAAAAAAAGGCAAAGAAGAAAGUGGAAACAAAAUCCAUAUUUGAUGAUGAUAUGGAUGAUAUUUUUUCUUCUGGAAAUAAAAAAACAAGCACAAAGACACAAACGAAAACAAAAAGAAGUCCGGCAGCAAAUGAAGCAGAUGCCACAGGAAAAAAAGCUGCAAGUAUUUUUGAUGACCCACUGAACGCUUUGGGUGGCAUAUAAUAAAGCUGAAGUCUUAAGUCCAUUAUUCUUUCCUCAGAAUUAAAAAUAUUCAGAUAAAACAUUAUAAAAAUGUAUCAUCUCAUAAGGUAGUUUGUAAUAACACUGUUAAUAGAUUAUAAUAUAAAAUGCAUAUGAAUGUCUUAUAAGGAGUUAUUAUUCCAUCUUACUAAAAUCUGUGCCAUAAAUGAAAGCCUCUGGAAAUUCAGUAGACCAUGUCUUUUUAAGGACGUUACCUUGCAGUAAUUUUCUUUCAAGGCACUCUAGCACUUAAAGUGUAUGUAUGUAUCCUAAUAAAAUAUUUUUUAAGAAAAUAUAA